UUGCCUUGCCAGGGGACGCUGUUUCUUGUUUCAGAGAAAAACAUGGCCGGUGUUUUGAAGAAGACGACCGGGCUCACUGGUCUGGCUGUGGCCAAAAAUCCUCACUACUCGCUGUCCAUACUCUACACGAAGCUGCUUCGUGCGCUACAAGGCAUUCCCGAGAGUGCGGCGUACCGGCGAUACACGGAGGAGAUCGUGAAGGAACGCAUGGCGCUCGUCGAAUCUGAGAAGGACGUUGCCAAGCUGGAAGCCAAGAUCGGUGCGGGCCAGAUUGAACAGGUCAUCCGUCAGGCGGAAAACGAGCUGGUCCUGGCCAGGCGAAUGGCCACCUGGAAAGCGUGGGAGCCCCUGGUGGCGAAGCCUCCACCGGAUCAGUGGAAGUGGCCGGCCGCUUAGUGUGCCACGGCGUUUGUAGAGAGAGACUACCAAUAAAGUAUAGGUUCCACAAA